UCUUUCCAUUGGCUGAAAUUCUCCCCUUUUCUUUUUUCUUUCCAGAUCAGAUGACCAAGGAGCCGGUGGAAGACACAGACCCCAGCACUUUAUCUUUCAGCACGUCAGACAAAUAUCCCAUCCAAGACACUGGACUCCCAAAAGCUGAGGAAUGUGAUCCAAUAACUUCGAGCUGCCCACCGAGUUCUGAUGAUCCACAUCAGGGAGAAGAAAACGGCUUUCCAGACAGUACUGAAGAACCUCUUUCAGGGGUUGGCCAGGACCAGCUGUGUAAGGAAGACUGUUCCUGCUCCUCGUGUUCUCUCCGGGUCCCCACCAUAAGUGACUUGCUCGAUGACCAGGACUUGCUGGACGUGAUCAGGAUAAAGCUGGACCCGUGUCACCCCACCGUGAAGAACUGGAGGAACUUCGCCAGCAAGUGGGGCAUGUCCUAUGAUGAGCUCUGCUUCCUGGAGCAGAGGCCGCAGAGCCCCACCCUCCAGUUCUUGUUCCGCCACAGCCAGAGGACUGUGGCCCAGCUGAUGGAGCUGUGCCGGCUCUACCACCGGGCCGAUGUGGAGAAGGUGCUACGCAGGUGGGUGGAUGAGGAGUGGCCCAAGCGGGGGCGUGCAAACCCCACCUCGCACUUCUAGACUGCCCGGCUGCUGCCGGUGGCCAGCAGGCGUGUGAACUAUUCCUAGGAGCUCGUGGCGUGUCUCCCAGGGCUGUUGGGUGUGGAGGGGCAGCUCCUGUGGGGUGGAAGAUGUUUGUUUUUGCACAUCUGUUUUAAGAUCUGGAAAUGGAAAAGGAUAUUUUCUAGGCUUCACCUAGGAGCCAAAGCCUACACUGGAAUGGAUUCAUGCUGUGAUAAAAAUAAAACGAACCUCUCCUUC